AUAUGAGAGGAUUUCAAAUAAUAUUUGAGGAUGGAGUGGUGGUGUGAGUAAUAGUGUUGUGAGAAAGUGUGUUAGAUAUAAGCCGAUGGGACAUCAGACAUUCAGCUUUCCAGUCUUGAGUUCUGGAGGGUGUAUUUGUCACUGAAGGGGUUUAUAAUUACACAUUUAAAAAAAGAAACUGGCUGCAGUGUGUGUGACUGUGUUUGAGACAGAGAGAGUGCAAGGAGAAGAAGCUUGUAUAAGAAGAGGAACUGUCUCUUUAAGCAUAGAUGGAGCCAUGCUAUGAACCUCCAUCAGUGUCUGAGCUGCAGGAAUUCUUUCUGGCAGACAGAAAGCCCACUGGACACCUCAACCAGGUCUGGCCCAACGUUUACAUAGGCAACGAGGUGGCAGCCCGUGACAAGGCAACCCUGCACAGCCUGGGAAUCACCCACAUAGUCAACGCUGCACAUGAACCCCCACAGAAAGGCCCUGAGCCCUGCUUCUCUGUCAACACUGGCCCUUAUUUCUAUAGAGACAUGUCUGUGGACUAUUAUGGGGUUGAGGCUGAUGAUGCUGUGGACUUUAUCCUCAGUCCCUUCUUUUACCCUGUAGCACGUUACAUCAGAGCUGCCUUGGCCAUGGAGGGCCAUGUGUUUGUUCACUGUCUGAUGGGAGUGAGCCGGUCUGCAACUUUGGUACUGGCCUUCCUCAUGAUCUCUGAAGGCCUGAGGCUGCAGGAGGCUGCAGCUGCAGUCAGGCAGCAUAGAGAUAUUUGCCCCAACCCUGGCUUCCUGCUGCAGCUACACAGACUGGAUGCCAGCCUGGAGAGGGAGAGGAGGAGAAUCCAGGCUAAGAAACUAAGUCAGUCAGACUCCACCCACCAGGAAGACACUCCCCCUCUCUUAGAGUUGCGACGGAUCAUGUUGACCGAUAGGAAGCCAUUAGGAACGAUCAAUCAAGUCUGGCCCAACCUCUAUCUUGGAAACGAGUCUGCAGCGCGGGACAAACCCAUGUUGACAUCUUUGGGUGUAACUCACAUUGUGAAUACAGCAGCCGGUCUUCACCGCAUUAACACCGGGCCUGGAUUCUACAGCGAUCUGCCAGUACCAGUGAAGUACAUCGGUGUUGAGGCAGCAGACCAUCCGCUGUUUGACCUCCGACCCUUCUUCAGCUCCACAGCAGAGUUUAUAGACAAUGCCUUAAAACACAAUGGGAAGGUGUUUGUCCACUGUGCCAUGGGUGUCAGUCGGUCCGGAGCGAUGGUUUUGGCCUACCUGAUGAUCUGCCAGCAUGUCUCCCUGGUAGACGCCAUCAUGGCUGUCCGUCUGAACCGGGACAUUGGACCCAACGCAGGCUUUCUGUUGCAGCUUAGACAGCUGGAGCUAAAUCUGACACAGCAGAGGAGACUGGAGAGGACAGAGACCCAAACAUGAAGAGAUGCAAACACCUGCACAAACACAGGCCUACACAGUCAGACAAGUCCACACACACACACACACACACACACACACACACACACACACACACACACACACACACACACACACACACACACACAGGCGUGCACACAGAUGAGAGCUCUGUAUUAGAUUUACUAAUGAUUAAAGUGACGUGCUGUAA